AUGCUUGGCAAGGAAUGGAGCGCUCUUUUGCAAUUGGUGCAACAUUCAACUGCAGUUUUUUCAAUUAUAAUCAACACUUUUUUAAUUUAUCUGAUUCUUACAAAAUCCCCAAAACAAUUGGGUGCCUAUAAAUGGCUUAUGGUCUACAUUUCGGUUUUUGAAAUUUUCUACUCAAUUUUGGAUGUUGUGCUAGUUCCGCAACACUAUUCACAUGGCUCCACGUUCUUGGUCAUUGUUGGCAUUAAAGAGAAAAUAUUAGGUCCCGGAGGACUUUUAAUAUUGAACGCAUGUUAUUGGGGAUGUUAUGGUGCAUCGAUGGCCGUAUUCUCUUUGCAUUUUAUUUAUCGGUGGCUUGUGGUGACUGAAAACCCUCUCCUGGAAACAUUCAACGGAUGGAAAAUCAUCUUAUGGUUUUCAAUUCCUCUUUGGUACGCACUGGUCUGGAUUUCCACGGGAUACAUUCUCUCGGCUCCAAAUGAGUCAACUUCGAGAUAUAUCAAAGACAGUGUAAAGGAGAUUUUCGGUUUGGAAUUUGACGAAUAUGUGUAUCUGGGGCCGUAUCUUUACGAGAAAGCGGUUAACGGAAACAUUCAUGUUGCGAUCAAAGCUUUACUGUCAUUGGGAAUUAUUUCUGUGACUAUUGUGUCUUCCCUCAUAAUCGUUCUAGCAUUCGGCAUCCUUUGCUACCAGAAAAUCAACCAACUUGUGGCGACAACUGCAGCUUCUGUCAAAUUAAUAAAACUCCAGCGUCAACUUUUCUACGCACUGGUAGUCCAAACCAUUGUGCCAUUUGUUUUAAUGCACAUCCCAGGAGCCAUAAUGAUUGCCUUCGUGUUUCUGGAUAUCGACUUGGGAGUCUACAGCGCAGUACUAUCGAUGACAAUUGCAAUUUAUCCGGCUGUCGAUCCUAUACCAACGUUGAUUAUUGUUGAGAAUUACAGGAAAACUAUUUUGGAGUUCUGUGGUUGCGUGAAGAAGUCAAGAAUUUCAGUGACAUCUACAGUUGAAAGGCCGAAAUCCGUAAUGAUAUCAUCAAAUAUCUGA